CAGAGGACUCUAGGACCCAGCAGGCGGCGGCAGGAGGCAGUGUGUGGAUCGCUGAGACUCGGAGGGUCCGGCUCAGUUUUAAUUCUCCUCUAAUCUCUGCCACAGCAGCGCUUCCCAGGUCGCGAGGCUUCUGCUCCCGUUCAGCUGCCCGCUGGCCGCCAGGCAAGCAUCCGAGGCGCCUCUGCCCCAUCACCCACCAUGGACAGCCUCCAAGAAAAAGUGGCUCCGGACGCGCUUGCCUGAGAAUUCCGCACAAAAGAGGCGCUCAAAAUGAAGACCUUGAUGCACCAUGGUCUGGCAGUGUGUUUAGUGCUCACUACCAUGUGCACCAGCUUGUUGCUCGUGUACAGCAGCCUCGGCAGCCAGAAGGAGCGGCCCCCGCAGCAGCAGCAGCAGCAGCAGCAACAACAGCAGCAGGCGACUGCCGGCAGCGCGCAGCCAGCAGAGAGCAGUCCCCAGCCACGUAGGACCGCCCCCGCCGGACACCCGCAGUUGGAUGGAUACCUUGGUGUAGCAGACCACAAGCCCCUGAAAAUGCACUGUACCGACUGCGCCCUGGUAACCAGCUCAGGGCACCUGCUGCACAGUCAGCAGGGCCCCCAGAUCGAUCGGACAGAGUGUGUUAUCCGCAUGAACGACGCCCCCACCCGAGGCUACGGGCUCGAUGUGGGCAACCGCACCAGCCUGCGGGUCAUCGCACACUCCAGCAUCCAGAGGAUCCUCCGCAACCGCCAUGACCUGCUCAAUGUGAGCCAGGGCACGGUGUUCAUCUUCUGGGGCCCCAGCAGCUACAUGCGGCGGGAUGGCAAGGGCCAGGUGUACAACAACCUGCAGCUCCUCAGUCAGGUGCUGCCCCGGCUGAAGGCCUUCAUGAUCACACGCCACAAGAUGCUGCAGUUUGAUGAGCUCUUCAAGCAGGAGACCGGCAAAGACAGGAAGAUCUCCAACACUUGGCUGAGCACCGGCUGGUUCACCAUGACAAUCGCCCUGGAGCUCUGUGACAGGAUCGAUGUUUAUGGCAUGGUGCCCCCGGACUUCUGCAGGGAUCCUAAGCACCCUUCAGUACCUUAUCAUUACUAUGAGCCUUCUGGACCCGAUGAAUGUACAAUGUACCUCUCGCACGAGCGAGGACGCAAGGGCAGUCACCACCGUUUUAUCACAGAGAAACGGGUGUUUAAGAACUGGGCACGGACAUUCAACAUUCGCUUUUUCCAGCCAGACUGGAAACCAGAGCCACCUGCUGUGAAUCACGCUGAGGAGAAGCCUGUGUUUUGAGGUAUGAAGUCGUUAGCCCCAAGAGGAAGGAUCUGAACUCCAGGCCGGGAUUGGGAGCUGGACAGUGGUGCGGUUCAGCACCAUGGACAGAAGCCCACAGCCCGAGAAGGGCACAUCCUCAUGAGUACCGAUUCAGUGACACUGCCAUGGUGAGGAACACUCCAGGGUGGAAGUAUUGCCUUCGAAACCGAAACAGGAGCAGCCCAACACCUUUAUUUGCAUUUCUUUACAGACGUCCACGUCAAAAGACUUUUCUAUCAGGUUAUAGCCUAACCUGACCAAUAAUCGGUGUCAUUUGUCACACUCUGUGAUUUGUAAAAGCCUGAAAGAAUGGACAUGAUUCUGAAGAGCACAUCUCCAACGAUUUUCAUAAAGCAAAUGUCUGCUAUUUAUUUAUUGAGAGUUUUUUAGUGUACUCUAGGCAGUAUUUUUAUAGAUUAUGAUUAUGUGGCAAUUUAUGCUCCCGACUCUUUAAUCCUGAAUGGUGGUUGGAAUGUGUAGAAUCAGGCCGAGGACUUACUGAAUUCACAAUGCUUGUUAUUAGCCCGCAAUCAGUGUUGGACGUGGAAAUGUGUGGCAUUGUUUGAACCCCUCGGCUUCAGGCAAAUUGCUCUUUCAAAACAAGAACAGCUAGAACACUUUCUGAUGUACAUAAAUGUUCAAAAGAACAAAACUGAAAACCAAAAACUACAUUAUUAAAACAAAGAGAUGCUAAGGAGAGGGACUUAAAGAUACAGCAGCUCUCUUCAAUAGUAACUGAUACAAGUAAUUUCUCUUUAAGUUCUGCUUUCCUUGUCUUUAGAAUGCACCAGAAGAUCCCUUGAGUUCCUCUUGCAAGUCUAAGAAUGUAUGAGGCCUCUCGCUGGCCUCUAUGAGGAUUAGACAUGUGGACUGAUGGAACUCUGACAGUAUCUGGAAACUGUAAGUCAGGGUGAAGAUGUUAGGGUCCCCUGGGUAGGAAUCAGUUUUCUUCAUUGGCCUCUCUUGUCUAAACUCUAUCCCUUGCCUCUCUAAGAAAGUGAGAGGAGCGAGCGGUGGAGGCUUCUGAGUGUUCCCUGACUAGGAGUGCCAAGAUCUGCCCUUUCUUGAGAAGAGAACACAAAGAUAUUCCCCAUCUCCCAGCUCAUUGUCCCAUGGACCGUUCUGACCCAUGCACUGGCUGCAAGUCUUUGUAUGUGAAGGACUCCUCCCUCACCCACUUCAUUCAAAACCAAGGUAGAUAGGAUGAUGGAUUUUCAUUAUAAAAAGGUAUGCUGCUCAGAAAAGUAAGAAUUUACUAGGCUUUUCCUUGCACACUGCCAAAGGACCAUCAGUGUCUCUGAUGACAGAUUUGAAGGCAGCGGUGAAUGUCAUGAGGGAACAGGCAUUGCUUUCACAAACAGGACAGGGCUUGGAUUAAAGGUGUCUCACAUCACAGCUCUUGCCCCUCUUCUUAAUUAGUGAUAAUGUCCCUUUCCCUUUCACUCAGUAGAACUAUUAAUUGUGCAGAGUACCAUUGUGGAGAUUCAAAUGCAGCCCAGGUAGACAGCAAAAACAAAGUAUUAUUGUAGUAUGGCUUGAGUUAUUAAAAGUCAGUUUUAAAAAUGAAAUUGCUGUCUAAGGCUUCGUGGAUUCAUUCCUCAAGUGUCUUCUGAGUUUUUGUAGGAAAAUGAAUUUUAUUCUACCACAGCAUGGCCCCUGAGCAGUGUUUUUAUGAACACAAGAAGAAGGGUGUGAAUAACACACGAUUGAUUGACAGGUCACCUUCACAAUCCCUUGAAGAGAUUAUUUGUUGAAAUCUAAGUGGCUCCUUUGACAAUUCCUGUACCUAGGGAAAUUUGGAAAAGCAUGCCUGCCGGAAUGUAACUCUAUCACCUGGCCUACUAUUGCACACGUUUGAGUAUCGUUAGGUUAUGUGGUUUUCCUUUUUAAAAGGAAGAGAACCCCAUAAAAAACAUCAAGACAAGACCAUCUUUUGUUUCCUCCUCUCAAAUAUGCAAAUGAGAAGCAACCAAACGCCCAGAAUGCAGCUACAAUAUGUGACUUCACACACACACACACACACACACACACACACACACACACACACAUAUAUUCUUUUCAAAAACAUGGUGUAGCUAAGUGUAAGAAAUUAUCACUUGGGUCGUGGUUUUACUGCAGCAUUAAAGAAAACGCCGAGAGCGCUGCUGCCUUGUGCUGAUGGACCUGGUUGUGGGCAAUUGAGCUCAUGUCUUGCCACUGUCAUUUCCCAACUGUCAGACUUAAUGCCAUUCAACACCAUUAAACAGAAACUCUGAUAUAAAAGACACAAAAGCCUGUUUACAGACUUCACGAUUUCAGGCAAUCUGAAGCCUCUGUCAUCCUUGGUAUGUUACACACCUUUUUCUUCUCUCCCCAGUGGCAUCAUCAGACUCCUCCUGGCUUUUGAGACCACAGUAGUACGAUGCCACAGUUGGCCGAUCCCCGGCUUCUGUUAUUUCAACACAAGAGCAUUUGGCAGAGGCCAUUACAAUAGCUAGCCAUUAUGGGCAAAGAUACAGGAAUCCACAAACAAAAUCAAUCACUUCAAAUGGCCCAUAAAAAGAGGAAUCUCACAUUUAAUAUUCUACAGUAAAUAUUCACCCAAGAAAGCGCACAUUAAAAGAACAUUAGGAGGUAAAUAUUCAGUGUGCUGCGUGGGGACUUGGCUGUGUGGUUCCCAUUCCCAGGAAUGGGCAUUAGGGAGCUAAGCCCCUCACUUUGUUCACCCCGCUCUUUACUCCUUAGACAGAGGCACAGAAGCAGAUAGAUUCAGGGACACACAGGUUCUAAGAGCACGGAGUUCAGUGCUUCAUGAAAUGAAAUAAAAACAAACAACAAAGUCCUCUUAGAUUACUGCCAGAUUCGUGCUCCAGAAAUGGGGCACCUGUUUUUCAAUCCUCCCUGUCUCUAAGCCAUCCGAACUACAUUAGAGUGGACACAGAUGAUCUCAUAUUGAAAUAAACACUAUAUUUCAAAUGACUUUUUAGAUGGCAAGUGGAUGGUAGAAAGUGAAAGGCAAUGCAGAGAUGCUGUUAGGAUGAAGACGCCACUGUUUAAAUACCUACGGACCUGUUCUGUACUCUCCAGACAUUUGCCCUGGGUGAUUGACCCAGGGUCUCCCAGAGGGAAUCCUACCCCGACAGAAGACCCAAGCUUCUCUCCUGGUUGGCCCAUUCCACACCAGCUAGACUUCAUUCCUCAUCGUGCUCCUCUCGAGCCCCCAUCUCUUUACCAUCAACCUCUCCACAUCCUUGUGUCUUCUAAAGCCUCCAGUGCUGUGGUAGGGAGGUCCUUCCGGUGGUCUGUCAACUCCAGACCUGUCUAGGAACAGAUUCAGUGCAGGCCUCCUAAAGCAGCGGUGUGGUGGGUGCCAGAGUCUACCCCACUACAAGAAUGUCACCCUCUCUGAAGUUUCUCUAAACCCUCAAAACCUAAAAUCCAAAGCCUGAGAUGGUGGGGCAAGAGGCGUUCCAGGUGCCGAGGUUUUAACGCCAGCACCAGAAAACAUUGGAAGUGGAAAGCGGCCAGGAUGUUCCGAGGGCUUGGAAGGUUGUAGCUCACUCCCCCACCUACUCAGGGUACUGAAAUGUAAAUGAAAACAAAAGGCUGAGAUCCUGUUUUGUACUUGUGCCCCCGCGAUGACAUGCUACCUUGGAUCGUCCGUGUCUUUCUCUGUAUGUGUCUGUUAGACUAGACUGUAAGCUCCUUGAGGGCAGGGGCUGUCUCUCCUUUGUCUUUGUAGCCCCACACCUAGUACAGUGCCUUGCACACAAUAGGCGCUCAAUAAAUGUCUGUUGUUGGU